GCUGGAGCCAGGCGGGCCAUGGCGGAUGUCCCAGGGGCGCAGCGAUCCGUUCCUGGUGGGGCCCCAGAACCCCGGGACCCCCUGGACUGCUGGGCUUGUGCUGUGUUGGUAACGGCCCAGAAUUUGCUAGUGGCCGCCUUCAAUCUUCUCCUGCUGGCGCUGGUGCUGGGGACCAUCUUGCUACCCGCUGUCACCAUGCUGGGCUUCGGCUUCCUCUGCCACUCCCAGUUCCUGCGCUCCCAGGCACCCCCCUGCACCGCACACCUGCGGGACCCGGGUUUCACGGCCCUGCUGGUCACCGGAUUCCUACUCCUCGUGCCGCUGCUCGUGCUCGCCCUGGCCAGCUACCGCCGCCUCUGCCUGCGCCUCCGCCUAGCCGAUUGCCUUGUGCCCUACAGCCGAGCCCUUUAUCGGCGCCGGCGAGCGUCGCAACCGCGGCAAACUCGGGCCUCACCGGGGUCCCAGGCGGUUCCCACAUCAGGAAAGGUCUGGGUCUGAGAGGCCUCCAGUCAAGAACAAUCUGACGACUGCCCUCCCUCCCAGUCUGCCUAAGGACUUGAUGCCCCUAGAUCUUCUGAUAUGGCCUGUCCCUACCCCUGCCUGAACCAGGUGUCCUAGCAUUCCCUCCUGGGAACCGCACCAUUCAGCGCUCCUGAAAAGUCCCACACCUCGGAAAACCCACUUUCCUCCCACUACACACAUCUGGAUCGUGAACAUCUGGGCUGGACCCUGCAUUCCCUCCUCUCCCACAUUGGGGAUAGGACAACUCAACCUUGUGCUCCCCUUUCCCCCUCUUCUGG